AUCACUUGGUACCGAAGGUGAUCCCUUAAAAAAAAGAGUAAAAUUUUCGCAGCGAAGUCGCCAAGACCGUAUAAAGCGUAAAUCCAGCACCUCCGGAACCAACGAGGACUCCAGUCUGUCUCUCUCUCUCUCUCUGAGUCAAACCCACACCACCAAAAUGGACCUGCACCCGAAUCACACCACCUCCUCCCCAACCUCCUCCGCCUCCUCCGCCGCCACCAACCCCCCAAACCCCAACCCCCGACCCAUCUCCGACGAAGACCCAAUGCACUCGUGGUGGGAAUCCAUCUCCAAAGCCCGGUCCCGCAUCCACUCCCUCGCCACUCUCCUCCCUCCUUCUCUCUCCUCCCCUCUCUCCUCCCUCGCCGACUCCGACCGCCCCGCCCUCUCCCUCCUCUCCUCCCCCGACUCCUACUCCGCCGUCUCCGCCUCCCUCUCCGCCCCUCUCUCCGGCUCCGGAUCCGACCCCCUCUGCCACUGGCUCUACGACACCUUCCUCUCCUCCGACCCCCAUCUACGACUCGUCGUUUUCUCCUUCCUCCCUCUCCUCUCCGGCCUCUACCUCUCCCGCGUCCACUCUCUCUCCUCCCACUCCCUCGCCGGCUUCGAGGCCGUCCUCCUCGCCCUCUACGCCGCCGAGACCAAGUCCCGCAACGGCAAGCCCCUCGUCGUCUCCAUCCCCGACCUCUCCCAGCCCUCUCUCUACCACAUUCCGCCGCGCAGCCCCAAAUCGAGCUUUUCCGGCUCCAAUUCCGGUAAUGCACAGUCUUUCGGGGUCCUGUCGCCGCCGCUGGAGCCCCAGGCCGCCGUCAAGUCAACCAAACGGUCCUGCAUUGUCGGAGUUGCCCUGGAUUCUUACUACAAGCACAUUUCGCAGAUGCCGGCCUGGUCCAAGAUUGACUUCUGCAGGUUCCUGGCUUCUUGGGCCGGCGGCGACGAUUGCUCCUGUCAGCGGCAAUUCGACUGUGAGCCGGAGAUUGCUGGGUUCUUGGAGGCUGGUAAUGAGAAUGGGAGCGAGAUUGAGGUGGAGGAGGAGGAUGGUGAUGUGGCCGAGGAGAUGGGGCAGCUGAGAAUCGAGCCGAAUGGGAGCAGCAAUGGAGUCGGUCAUGUGGAGGAGGAGGAGGAGUCAAAGGGGGCGAGGAUUCCGUUGCCGUGGGAGAUUGUGCAGCCGGCGCUGCGGAUAUUGGGGCAUUGUUUGUUGGGGCCGUUGAGUUCUCAGGAGGUUAAGGAUGCUGCUUCUGUUGCGGUGAGGAGAUUGUAUGCCAGGGCUUCUCAUGAUUUGGAGUCCAAGACGAUUUUAGCCACCCAGAGUCUCAUUCGGCUUGAUAACAGGGGAAGGGAGGCAGCCAAGGCUGCUGCAGCUGCUGGUGCUAAUUCAUCCUCGAAUGUCAACACGCCGAGCAAAGCUAAAAAACCUGAAGUCCUUUUGGUCUCCAAGUAAUGGUAAGUAGUUGGGUCAACUGCUUGACGAAGACCCGGCAUUGAUGGAGAGGAGGCUGCAGUGCGCUAAGAGGCUUGAAUUAUACAAGUCAGCUAGCGAUGAGGUGGACUCUGUAUCAUGGGUCCGCUGAG